AUGGCCGCCAACGGCUACCAUACCCCGCUACAGGAUCUCGCCAGAGGCUUCAUCGCAGAAGUCAAAGGUCUGACGGUCGCGCAACUUAAGGACCUGCUGCGGCGACAAGGUCUGACAGUUAGUGGUGUCAAGUCAGAACUCCAGAUACGGGCUAUCGCCAAUAUCGAGAAAGCACAGCAUGCGGGCGAUCGCUCAGCCUUAGAACUCGUUCGACGACAAUUGAGAGGCGACAAUACUGCUCACAGCAACUUCAGCUCGCCAUACUCGAGCCAUACUCCCGCAUCCUCCGCAUCGCCAUCUUUCAACCCUUCAGCCCCACAUCUGCUACAUACCUCGAGCUACGGCAUGGCUCCAGGCCGUAAUCCAUAUCAGCCAACGGCUGGUGGUGUACGGUUCGAAAACUCACCGUUCUAUACGAUUUUGAGGUCUUUGACCAGUGUUGUGGAGUUGAAAGUACGCGAAACCACCAGAGAUGCGGCGCGCGCAACUGUCAUUCUACCACAAGAUGUCGCGGAACAACUCCAAAGAGAUAAUAAAGCAAGGGUGAUGGUGUUCUGCACAGCUGACAACACCGGCUACAAGGCGUCUGAUAUUACAUUCCCUCACCAGGUCGAAUUGAAGUGCAAUGGCGAAGAAGUUAAAGCCAACCUUCGGGGCCUCAAAAACAAGCCGGGAUCUACUCGACCAGCCGAUAUAACGCAGUUCAUCCGCAAGAAGCAACCUGCGUUCCGAAACGAAGUGGAAAUGGUGUACGCUCUCACUAACAAGGGAAAACCCUCCGCGCAGAAGUUCUACAUGAUCGUCAACUUCGUGGUCAAGAAGCCGGUCGAAGACCUCGUCCGAGAAAUUAGACAUGGCAAAGCCUUGUCCAAAGAAUCCGUCCUUCGAGAGAUGAGAAGAGAGGCAGCCGAUCCUGACAUCGAAGUCUCUUCACGAGUGAUGUCACUCAAAUGUCCCCUGAGCUACACUCGACUACAGACGCCCUGCCGAGGCACCGGCUGUUCGCACAAUCAGUGUUUCGAUGCCACAUCCUACCUCCAACUCCAGGAGCAAGCACCAACCUGGACUUGCCCUCAAUGUAACAGGCCUGUACCUUGGUCACAACUGGUGCUCGACCAAUAUGUUCUCGAUAUCCUCAAUAAUACAUCGAAGGACACUGAGCAAGUUACCGUCGAACCGGACGGAAAAUGGAGUCUUGGUCAAACGGACAACACCACACCCGCUGCCAGUAACAAGAAGCGGAAACUAAAUGCAACACCAGAUUCCGAUGACGAUGAUGAUCUGGUAGUUAUUGAUGACAGUCGACCGUUCACGAACGGCAGCACCAUCACGCAGACUCUAACACCUUCCUCAGUUCGUACGCCACCUCUCAACGGCCGCGAAGAUUCUGUUGCCACUUCACAGCGCUCUGCUUCCAAACGACCACGCCAGGAAGUGAUCGACUUGACUCUCAGCGACGAUGAAGAUGAUCAAGAUGCGCGACCGCCUGUCAAGCGCACAUCGACUACGACCAACCCAUACACAGCUUCAAGUAUUGGGUCUUCAUCGCUUGCGGCCUUCCGCUCCCGCCCUCCAGACGCUGCGCCCUUACAGCCUCCCUCCAACCGGUACUCGUUCCAAUUACCUCCUAUCAGCUCUCCGCACAGUUUUAACUUUAACAGCAGUACUUCGAGUCCGAAUUAUGGGUAUGGGGGAGGUGGCAGUAACUACUAG